ACAAUUUUAAGAUUUGCUCUUUAAAACUUGUUUAAGGGCUCUAUCAGAGAUGCUCUAAUAGAAAAAUACAGCAUCCUAUACUUGAUUAUUAAUUUACAAUAAUGCUUCAUAUAUGGUGAACGAGUCCCUCCUAAAACAAGCAUCUCGAUCUCUCUAGCUAAAAUUUUGUGGUUAGAUCUAAUUGUACAAUUUCUAUUUUCAGCACAAAAUAAUGGUGUCGUCUACAUUACUGAUGAGAUUUAUCUACCCACCGCCAGAAUCAGUGUUUUUAAGGGCCAUGUCAAUCGUGGGUGUAUCUUUUGUUAUUGCUGGAUUAAUGGAAAUAUGCGGGAAGAGCACGAUUCAGUAUUCAAAGAUCUUCAACACUAGCAAGAAGAAUGUCGAAGCUUCGAAAAGUAAGAUGAUCGAGUUUUCUGGUAGAAUUGGAAUGUUCCUGGCCUAUUUCCCGGCUUUUGUUGCUGCUGUUGCCGCUUUAGCUUUGAUGCAAAAUCAGGGUCUCAGGUUUACGUUGCUUACUUCUGCUGUUGCCCUUCAUUUCUUCAAGAGAGUUUUUGAGGUGUUAUGUAUCCACAAGUUCAGCGGAAGCAUGCCCAUAGAUACAGUAAUUAUCAUCUCCAGCAGUUAUUUUUUAUUUGCCGUUAGCGUGAUCUACUCUCAGCAUUUAGCAGAAGAAUUCAAGGAGCCAAUAAUCGAUCUGAAAUACGCUGGAACAGCGACGUUCUUAGUAGGAAUAACAGGGAAUUUUUAUCACCACUACCUCCUAUCUAAGCUAAGAAAAGAGGGGGAGAAACAGUACAAGAUUCCUCACGGAGGUUUGUUUGAUUUAGUUAUAUGCCCACAUUAUUUAUUCGAAAUUAUAGGAUUCAUCGGAAUCUCCUGCAUUUCGCAAACUGUAUAUGCAUUAUCUUUCACCUUUGGUUCAUCUGCUUACUUGACUGGGAGAAGUUAUGCAACAAGAAAAUGGUACCUCUCGAAAUUUGAAGACUUCCCAAAAGAUAUAAAGGCGCUCAUUCCGUAUGUUUUCUAGAUCGAACAUAGAAAUACCAGUAUCUAAAUGGCUUGUAAGACUGUUAAAAGCCAUUUGGAGAAUGUAGCGUGGUUCUUUAGUAACUGUAAAAGAUACAGAAUGUUUAUCCUGUAUUUAUUUUCUCUUUGAACAAUUCUGAUCAUAUUCGAACGAA